GAAAAAGUGUUUCUGCAACAUGCACAACUAAUUGGGUGGCUUUACAGUAAUAUCUUGAAAGCAAUUGCUCAUCUACUUUGGGAGUCAGAGUCAAACUCACCUUGGGAGCCUCACAUUGCUGUGAUUGAAUACUGAAAACUUGUGGAACGUUUGAAAACCAAGACAAAGAUAAAGUAGAGGUGCACAAGAAAAGGCAACAACGACGGGCUUGUGAGGAAAACAUCAAAGGUCAAAGUUAAAAUAAAUGAUAUUAUUUAAUGAAAGAUUUUAUAUCAUUUAUCAGUUUGUUUUCAGAUUUGGAGUAGAAAAUGAUUAUGCUGAUAUUUAUUCCACUGAGAGUGAAAGAUUAAGGGAUGUCUAUUUCACAAGAGUCAUUUGAAAUACGAUCUGGUUUUCACAUAAAGAGUUUGAAUUGUGGUGAGAAAUAUACCAUCAUCUUAAUCAAUUGUGCUCGAUCAAUUGAAUUUUAACUCUUAAUAAAAUGACAUUCCGUUACUGGGCCCUUGAUCUGCUGGUGAAGUUGAAAGGUUCUUAAUGAGUCCACUAGGGAUCAAAUCUUCACACCAUAAAAGAUAAGGCUAGGAUUGUAUCCCAAAUGGAUACCCUUGAUUCUUGACUCUUAGCCGAAGAAGUUUCAGACUGUAUUGGAUUGCUAAAACGACUUUGUAAAUGAAAUAUUUUCCAUCUAAAAAGGAUUGAUUUGCUUUUUAAGUGCUUUACUUUUCUAUAAAUAUGGAGGACGUGAUGAUGACGGCAAUUUAAAGUAUAGACAGCUCACGAGAGAUUGACUUACACAACUACCCGUAGAUAAGGGACACUUUAAAAUUGAGUUCAUCUUUUCAUAGCUCUGGAAUUCAAUGGAACCAUGCCAGCGAUGAGAUGAGAAUACUGCAAACUGACUGAUAUGUCAAAGCUCAUUAAAACCUAAGUGUUUGUAUGUCUUCCAUUUUGCAGGAGUCAUUUUGCAGUCUACAUGCCCAAAGUUUAGUAUUUUUAUUGAACUGCAGCUGUGAGUUUCCAGUGAACUGCUGCAAGUUUGAAUUUGUGAUCAUAACAUAUGCUCUAUGGUAUAUAUAAUAGGUUUUAUUGCCCCUUUCGAUCAGUGCAAUUCUAAUACCUGCAACAGCAACAUUUUGGUUGACAUCAUUAUAUACUCAAUGAAGAAGACAAGAGGCAGCAGUUCUGAUUCCUAGUCAUGGAGGACUCAUAUUAAUCCCAUGGAUUUCAACUUGUUUGUUGAAAAUAUGGAAGGAAUGGAUGAAGAGAUCAAACAAAAGCCUCCUUCAAGCUACAUGGAUUAUCUUCCAAUUCUCAAAAAGGCGGACAAUUUCAAAUGAAUGACAAGCCAAAUCGGUUGGAUGCAUCCCUUGAAUUAAGCAGCACGGAUAAUUCUAACUAAUGUCUGAGUAUCAAAGAUGAAUAUUGGGGGAUGACUGAUGAUAUGUCUUGCACCACUAGUUUAGAUACAAAAUUCAAGAAAUUUAUGAAACUGAAACCUGAGCUCCAGAUAUUGAAAUAGGAUAAUGAAAGAAUAAGUACCAAUUCUGAGAAACGAAAAAAAAAAAUUAUAAGCUCCAGUAACUAACUAGGAGAAAUGCAGAUGGAUUCUCUCAAACCAGAAGAAGUGAAUGAGAUCCUUCAAAAAGGGAGUUUUAGUGGAUCAGAUCAAAGCUUGAACUUGGGAAAACAAAAUUUGAGUUUAAAAGCUAGAAACAGUGAUGCAGGAUCCCAUAUUGAUCCAAUCUCUCAGUAUAUAUUGGAGCCUCAUCAAAGUACUGAUCCAUUACAGAAAGAAAAGAUUAAACUGACAAAACAAUUACAGGCACAGAUGGAAAAAUGCCAAAAGAUCGCAGGGGAUAUAGAAGGUUCCCAAACAACGGUGAACAUAAUCAAAGAUACUGGAACAGUUGGUGUUCAAACACUUGAGUUCGAUACAAUAAAAAACAAAUCAGCAGAGCAGGCAGAGCAGCAGGAGAUGAAUCCUGCUGCUUUGGACUUGCUAAAGGAGAGAAAUUUUCAGAAAGAAUGUCCUUUAGAAUGUAGCAACUUGCAAGAAGGAAAUUAUGUCAUGCAGCAACAGUCAGAGAGCCUUGAAAACGAAUCCUAUAAUUAUUUGAUUGAGAAAGACAACAGCAGAAAUCAACUUGCUUACAAGUCUGAUUCAAUGGAAGAGGAAAUGACCUUGCAGCAGGAAGUGCAAGCUAAGCCAGAGUUGGUUCAGGAUCUAAAGAAACAAAUCGAGAUUCUUCAACUAGCACUUCAGGAGUCUCAGUGCCAGAACGCUAGCUUAGUAAGAAAACAGGAAAAAUGGUCUGAAGAGCGUGAUAGGAUCAAUAAAAGUUCAGGGGCUUCAGAGGCAGAACUUGCACAUACCAAAAAAGAAAAUCAGAAACUAAGAAAGCAAAUUUCAGCCAAGGCCACUGAGCUUAAGAACCUUCAAAUUAUGUUUUCCAGUUUAGGAAAGGAGAAAGAAGUCAUGACAGCAGAGUUGGCACUGAAAGCCAGGAUAUUGGCUGAUAUGGAAGAACAUCUGAAUGACCUGAAAGAGCAAAACAAGACACUGUCAAAUAAGUUAUUAUCUUUUGCUAGAGAGCAAAAAUCCAAAACCACACAGAUGCAAGGAACAAUCACUUUGCUCCAGAACCGCGACAAACUGUUGGCAGAACAAUUACUAAAGUCAACAGAAGCUUGUCGCACCCUUAAAAGGAAACUGAAAGAGCUACAAGAACAUAACAGCAUACUCAAGAAGGAUACAGCAAAUCUAAAUUUAGCUAUUCAGAAACAGGAAAAGUCAAUCCGUAUUGUGGACUCAGAAAGGAGGGCUCUUAGGAAUGAGCUCAGUUGGGGUAAAGAACAACUGCAUAUUCUGCAGGAAAAAUGCAAGUACUUCAAAGACAAGACAGAGUCCGUCACAAAACAAGACCCAACAAAACCAAAUAAGCAGAGAAGUUUCAUUGGUGAAAUUGCUUUACUUGAGCAAAUGCUGGUACAUUUUAAGGAGGAGAUCACAUGCUUAAAGGCAGAGAGUAGUAGAAGAGAUAAAGAAUGCCAAGAUCUCAAGGAAGAAGUUGCAAAGUUGCAGACUGAGUUAUCAUAUCUGUAUAAAGAAAAUAGUUUACUUAAAAGGGGAAGAACAGGUAAUGAAAUUGGGAAGAAACUCAAUGGAGGCAACUUGCAAAGCGAAAAUUUAGUACUGAAAAAUAAGAUUUCUUCUGUAGAUGAGCAAAUUAUAAACAUGGGCAAUGCAUGUUCACAACUGAGCAACACCAUAAAAGAAGUGGCUCACGACAAAGCGAAGGGAACCCUGUUCAUGAACAACUGUCUGCAAAAGCUUAAGCAAAACAAUCAGUUUUUGGGAGUUGAGAUUCAGAGCAUGUGCAAGGAAUAUGGAGGUGCUAAAAAGAGGAUUACUAGCAAUGACAGGCAAUUGUCACUUUUACAGGACAGAAGCAGCAAGUCAGAAGACCAGGAAUCACUCAGAGAGACUAGUAUUAGAAGUAUGAAAAGUACAUCUGACAUGCAAUUUUGCAAUCAGGCUGAGGUGUCACACAGUAAGGACAUUACAAUUCAAAUUUCCAAUAAAUCUUGUGUGAGCCAAAACUUAGAAGAUGGUUUGUCUUUCAUUGAACAGGGGAAAAAAGUUCUGGGUUCCCAGAUCAAUUCCCUUGCAAAUAAAGUCAUACAAGUUUACAGAUCACUCAAUGAUUUGCAGAUGUUAAGGCCUAAUUUAUCAGAAGAUCUUCUCCUUGGCCAUGAAACUGUGCGGGGGUUGGAGAUGACAGUUAAGGAGCUAGGAAUAGUAAGCGAAGAUGUGCAAAAUGAAAGAUUAAUCAGUGAGACUUAUGACCAAGAGUUAUGUAAGCAACUUAUGGUAUCAGAGCAGUUGUUGAAAGAGAUAGAGAAACAGAUUUUUAGGCUGGCAUAUGAGAGAAAUGGCCAUGUGAUAGAGGUUCCAAAAAAAGCAGCGAGCAUUCCAGAGGUUGAAAGCCAAGAGGUCAGCCUGUAGAAGGAUACAGCAUCUUGAAUUCUGAUAUUAGCAUAAUUGUGUAAGAUUUUCAUUACAAAGCAACUACAGUGCAAUUAUAGUUAGAGUAUAUAACUUAUGUAUCUAUCUUGCUUUGGGACAAUAAGAGGCUGCUGCACAUGUUUAAUGUUA